UAAAAAUCACACCACAAAACUUGGUCAACAAAACCAUCAAUAUGACAUUCAAAUCAUUGGUCCUUUAUAUACCAUUUUUUCAUACCAACAUCCUCAAAUUUCAAAAAGUAGUUGUUAGAUUAGGUAGUUUCGCACCAGUUUUUAAAAACAUAAGUACCCACCCAAGAAACACCAACAAACAACUAACAAUUCCAUUCAUCUUCUCAAAAUGUCUCUUUGGCUCUCUAACUUGUUCCGUUUACACUUUGACAACACCAUGGCCAAUACUCACCUAUGCAACCACUUGGGUUACACUCUUAACCUUAACUGUGGCAGUGGCUUCAAUCUCACCGCAGGUUACGUUUGUUUCAGCGAUUUCUCCUUCUUCUUUGUUCUCUCAGAAGUGUGAAAACGAUCGGUUCCUUAGAAUGCCAUUGGAUGUUCCCGGAGAGGUUCUAUGUUUUCCUUCUCAUUUGUUUGUGAAGUCUAAGAUUGAUUUAAUUGUUCCUCCAAUCUUCGCUGCGUUGAUUGUAGCAGCUUCUACUUGUGUGGUCAGAGCUGUUGGAUUAUUUGAGGAAGAAUGAUCUAACUCUUCUACAUGAACAUUAUUCACUCAGAUAUUAUACUUUUUCUAUCGCAUAAAAAAUGUAAUAUUUUUUGGCUUUCGCACUCUGGUUUCUAGAGGAAAGGGGCCCUAGAAAUCCAGAGCUUGUGCCGAGAGGUAUGUAAUAUUUUGUUUAUAGGAAAAAUUGUUCUGCAAACUUGUAAUGAUAUUAAGUUAACAAGAGCCUGGGGUUAAGCGUACAUGAACUGCACAAAUUAGAAAUAGAGAAUUUGUGUUAAAUACAUUAGUUCUGUACUUCUGUCCAACAUGGGUGUCAUUGAUCUUUGUAAAU